AUGGCGAGCCAACAAGAUGAAGAUGAUAUGAUAGCUUUAGUCGGAUUGUGUGUGGUUUUAAACAGUAAGAAGAAGAAGAAGAAGUUUAAACGUAAAAUGUGGAGUAAAAAGUGGCUUACUAAAAGAAAUGAAUACACUCAUACAAGAUUAUUGAAAGACUUGGGUGGUGAGCCUUCAGACUUCCGUAAUUAUUUGCGGAUGGAUGAAGACGCCUAUGAACAGCUGUUGUUACUCGUGACUCCAUUAAUUGAAAAGAAAGACACGGUUAUGAGGAAAUCGAUUUCUCCCCAUGAGAGAUUAACUGCGACUUUGAGGUUCCUUGCAACGGGCCGAUCGUACGAGUGUCUCAAGUAUUCUACGUUGAUAUCACCACAAGCUCUAGGCAAAAUAAUUCCAGAGACGUGUGAAGCCAUCUAUAAAGUGCUGAAAAACGUCUAUUUACAGUUUCCUAACACCACUGAGAAAUGGAAAGUGAUUGCUGAACAGUUUGAAGAGAAAUGGAAUUUUCCCCACUGCCUCGGUGCCAUGGACGGCAAACAUAUAGACAUAGUUCCUCCAGCGGAUUCCGGAUCAUAUUAUUACAACUAUAAAGGCAGACACAGUAUGGUAAUUGAUCUGUCUGGUACUUACUUCCUCAAUCUCGCUCCCAUCUUCUUCCUCUAA